UCCAACAAAAACUUCUGUUGACGAGCCCAGUGCCUCCGUCGCCGGCACCGUUCUUCCGUCGUCGGCUAACCUCCCGUCGCCCUCAAUCGUCAGAAAACAAGUAAGUUUAUUUUUUCCGGCCAGUUUUCCAGUUUUCCGGCAAGUUUUCCAGUUUCCCGGCAAGUUUUCCAGUUUUCCGGCGAAAAACAGGGCGGGCCGAAAAAAACUGCGGCCUAAACGCCGCCGAGCCGAAAAAUUCUUUCGGCCCGGCGACGCCGCGGCCGCAAAUUUUUUUCGGCCGGUCGCCGACCUCGCCGCCCAAAAAAUUUCCGGCGGCGUGUUCGUCGGCCGGCCGAAAAAAAUUUGCGGCCGUGGCGUCGCCGGGCCGAAAGAAAUUUUCGGCCGUCCGUCGCACCGGCCGAAAAAGUUUUUCGGCCCGACGACGCACCGCCCGCAAACUUUUUUCGGCCGGCCGACGCACCGGCCACAAACUGUUUUCGGCCCGGCGGCGCACCGGCCGCAAAAUUCUUUCGGCCCGGCCAGUUUUUGUAUUUAAUUUAAUUUAAUACGAUAAUUAAUUAAUAAAUAAAUAAAUACUUAAUUAGUUAGUAGAAAUUAGCAAUUAGUGUUAAUAUUUAUUUAAGUUGGUGUAUAAAUGUUUUUUUUGUAAUAGGCGUUUGAAUGUUUAAUUACUUAGAUUAGUUAAUGAAAUUUUAAUUAAUUAAGAAUUGAUUUAACAAUUAAUGUUAAUAUUCACUACAUUAAUUAAUAGAAAAUUAAUUAAUUUGUGAUUAAUUAACAAUUAAUUUUAAUAGUACAUUAGUUAAUAGAAAUUUAAUUAAUUUGUGAUUAAUUAACAAUUAAUGUUAAUAUUACAUUAGUUAAUAGAAAUUUAAUUAAUUUGUGAUUAAUUAACAAUUGAUGUUAAUAUUACAUUAGUUAAUAGAAAAUUAAUUAAUUAGUGCGCAUCUAAGUAUGAUAUUUUGUAAAUUUGUAGAUAAUUAGAUAUGGAUGAUGCGGGUGAUGCGGGUGAUGCGGGUGGGGAUGAGUUGUAUAGAUUCAAUGGUAGGAUUGUUGAUGCAUCAGCACGAAGGAAGAAUAAGGAGAAAAAGCGCUCUCGAGAUAUUGGACAUCAGUCAAAGGCAAAUUUAGGGGAGGAUGAGUUAGAGGCUCCUACUGUAGUUGCUCGUUCGGCAUCACGGGCGUCUGGUUCCCAUGGGAGGAACCGGGGUGCUGCAUCCAGAGUGGUCUCGGCUGAGUUUGAUGAGGAUGAUAGUGAUGAGGAUAUCGAGGUCCCUCCACCUACGCGUGGACAUGGACGAGUGCCGUUUCGUACGACAACAUCACGUCCUGCUAUGUAUAGGGACCGAGCUGGGCGAUUCGUACCACCUGCUCGUCAGGAGACAGAGAGCUCGGGGACUGGGCGGAGUAGGGGAGGACGUUCGAGUGGUCCUCCACCGUGGGAGCUUGUUGGUGAGUGUCCUGGUGGACCUACGGAUCCUAGCCUCAUUAGGAGCUUUCGUGGCCACGUUGCCUAUGCGCUUUGGACGGGGGCUGGAGAUCGAGGGGUCAUCAGUUGCUACAGCCGUACAUCGGCGGUUGCUUAUUUGAGUAGCUACGUGUUUAGUCAUGUUGAGGCGGAGAAUCUGGUUCAGCAGUCAGGUCUCCAGCACCUGAUGUACUCUAUGUUUCGCAAGAUAGCGAUUGACGAUGCUUUGAUCUCAGCUUUUGUGGAGAGGUGGCAGCCAGACACGAACACCUUCCACUUGCCUUUUGGAGAGAUGACGAUCCUCCUCCACGAUGUUCAGUACUUACUGCAGAUUCCUGUUGAGGGACGACUGAUGAGUAGGAGUUCUGCGCAGCUUGACCAUCCGGAGGCGGGUUUGUGUGCGCUUCUUGGGAUGAACUCGGAGCAGUUGAGUGGUCGUUCGGAGGUCCCUGGAUAUAAUAAUAGGGGUAAGUGGUAUGAGAAGGGUGGUUUUCUUGCAGAGAUGGCGUCCAGAUACUUGCAGAGCCACGGGACACAUGUGACAGAGGCGCAGUCGUACUUGUUGUUGUUGUUGGGGUCCACUUUGUUUGUGGACAAGAGUAGAGACAGGGUUCGAUCGGUGGUGAACCUAUUUUUGGACGAGUUGGAGGAGUUAGAUCAGUAUAGUUGGGCGUCAGGUACACUUGCUUGGUUGUACAGAUACCUUGGUCAGGCGUCUCGUGCUGGUGCCAGGGGGAUGGCUGGUUGUCUCACACUUCUGCAGUGUUGGAUCUACGAGUACUUUCCGGGUUUCAGGCCAUCUCACUUCGAGCCUGCCGCCGUUGGACCUGAUGAUGCUUGGGCUUCACGAUGGAUUGGGCAGCCGGCACCUGGUUCUGUGGCUGAUCCCAGUGUGAGGUUGGCGUUCUACCGUCGAGCUCUUGACAGCUUGACCCCUUCUGAUGUGGGACACCUUUCCAUCAGAGGCCUCAUCAGGCAGUGCGUCGCUCUUUGUAAACUGGAGUCAUCCGGUUCGCUGACAUAGGCGAGUUCUAUGAUCCAGCCCGUUGCCUCCGACAGUUUGGAUAUGUUCAGAUGGUACCGCCUGCCCCUUCGCGUCCUCAGCGAGCAGACCGACCAGAGGCACCUGGUGGAUAUGUCCUUCGGAUUCCUAAGAGUUUUGAUGCUGCAGGGAUGCUCUGCUAUCCCACAUGGUUCAUAUAGACAUGUACUCUCAGCCGUGGACGACGUAUCCAUAUGAGACUACGAGAGACUAUCUUGACUGGUUCGUGGCGCACUCUCAUUGUAGAGUCCUACGGGAUGAUGGA